AUGUCUGUCAAAUUUCGCUUUUCAUCUAUUGCCGAUAUGUUACAGAAACAUGCCCAGAAUCGAUCCGAUGAAAAAUGUCUUUAUUAUCCUAAGAAAAAUCAAUCCGAUAGCUAUGCAUCAUUAACUUUUAAGCAGUUCAAUGAAGUGACCAAUCAUUUAGCUAAAAGAUUUUCUAAUAUAAUUCAUCAAAAAGAAACAAAUAAAAAUCCAGUUGUUUGUCUACUAGCCAAUAGUGAUGUCGAUUAUCUUUUGACCAUCUAUGCUUUAUUCAAGCUUAAUGUUGUUGUCUUUCCUUUGAGUAUCAGAAAUUCUGAUGCUGCUAUUAAACAUUUACUCGAAAAGUCGAAUGCAUCAUAUUUAUUCUAUUCUAAAGCAUUUUCAUCUGUCGCUACAACCUUUGAUUCAACUAUUAAUCUUCAUCGAAUGGAAGAAUUAAACAUUAGUGAACUUCUUGACUAUAAAGAAUCUUCAUUUAAACCGGAAAUUGAUACGAAUGAAAUUGAUCGAAUUUGUAUUAUUUUUCAUAGUUCUGGAACAACAUCAUUUCCAAAACCAAUUCGUUUAACAACUCGAUAUUUAUUUGGAUGGUUUGAGAGUUUCGCUUCUGAAAUGGAUGAUCGAUUUUGGUCUGAUGAUGAUCUUGUGCUUCUUCUAUUACCAUUAUUUCACGUAGCUGGAUUUGGAACAGCAUUUAUUAUGUUCUAUGUGGGUGCAGCAUGUGCGCUGCCAUUGGGAGACAUCUUUCCGCCAACUCCCAAACAAAUAAUUAAGAGUAUUGAAUAUACAAAAGUAUCGAAGAUGUGUACAGUUCCACUUUUUCUUCAACAACUUCUACGGUUGUUAAAAGAAGACGAGAACAACGGAUUUAAGAGGUUAGCUCGUCUUCGAUUCGUCUUAUCAGUUGGUGCAGCUUGUUCACCUGAUAUUUGCAAACAAUUAACAGAACAUGGAGUCAAACUCAUUAUAGGCUUUGGUUCUACAGAAACAGGAUUCAUUCUCGUCAGCGGUUAUGAAACGGAUAACAAAGAUCAGUGGCAAUCACUUCGAAAACUAAAAGGACGUGAAUCAAAUCUCAAUUUUUUGCCAUUGGAUUCUGAUAAUCAAAUAUAUGAACUAGUUGUCAACUCUCAAGAUCCGUUUCUUGCACCGGAGUUUAAAUCGAAAAAAUUCUAUUCUAUUGGAGAUUUAUUUAAGGAGGAACCAGUCAGAUCCGGUAACUAUAUUGUUCAAGGUCGAGCAGACGAUGUUUUAGUGCAUAUAUCUGGCGAAAAGACAAAUCCUUUACCAAUAGAACUUGCUAUUCAACAAUGUCCAGUCGUCGAGCAUGCUGUUGUUCUUGGUCAUCAACGUUUACAUUGUUCGGUUUUAAUUGAACUGAAUAGUAAAGAAGCAUCUAAACUUGAACAUAGUCAAAUAGAAAAACAAAUUUUGGCGGCUGUUGAAAAUGCCAAUACAAAUGCACCUACACAUUCACACAUAGCACCAGCUCUGAUUAAAAUUUUGCCCUUGGAUAAACAUCUUCCAGUGACAAACAAAGGUAAUAUUCUUCGAAAACAAGUUUAUAAUGAAUAUCACUCGGAAAUUGAACAAAUCUACGAACAAUUCUUAAAUCAAUCUAAUUUUGAUUAUAAUAAUCCGCAUGAUAAUCAACAAGAAUCGUGGACUAAAAAAAAGAUCUGUGAUUAUUUACAAGAAACAGUAGCCGAAGUUCUUCAUAAACCAAUCGAGAAUUUUAAUAAUCAUUCUCAAUCAUUAUAUCAUCUCUCUCUUGAUUCACUGACUACUUUACAAUUACGAAAUAAAUUGUGUCAGAAAUUUGGUUUUCUUGAUCAGAACUUUAUUUUUGAAUAUCCAACUAUUGCUGCUCUAACAGAUCAACUAUUCGCGAUCGUAAAUAAUCAACAAACUCGACAAUCAGAUGAUCCUCAACAUUAUCAACAAACAGAAGAAAUUAUUGAUAAAUAUAUUAACCUGAUGGCAACACAUACAAAUAAUAAACGUCAAAUCACAAAUAGUGAUCAUCUUGGAAAACGUAUCUUUUUAAUUACAGGUGCCAAUGGCUCUCUCGGAAGUCAAACACUUUUGCAAUUACUGAAUAAACCACAAGUAACUAAAAUUUAUUGUCUUCUGCGCGGUCCUGAUGCACAUAAUCGUCUUCGAACUGAUAUGGAAUCACGGAAACAAGAUACUGCAGUAUUAGAUGAUAAGACACGUAUCAUCAUUUUAUCAACGAAUUUCGAUGAUGACCAGCUUGGUCAAACGACAAACAUCUAUCAACAACUACAAUGUGAAGUUACUGAUAUAAUUCAUUCGGCUUGGAAAAUGGAUUUUAACUUAACUAUCAACGAUUUUGAUCGAGAAUGUUUGAAAGGACUCUAUCAACUUCUCAAGCUUGCAGCAACUUCUUUGUCAGAAGUACCAAUGCAUUUUCAUUUCAUUUCAAGCGUGUCCGCAGCAGGUUCCGUUGUCAUCGACAAAGUUAAAGAAGAACCUUUAUCUCGUCUAAAAGGAAUUGCUCUUCCUAAUGGCUAUGGACAAUCAAAAUAUGCCGCUGAGCAUAUCUGUUGGGCAGCGAUGAAUCAAUGGAGCGUACCUGUCGAUAUUUAUCGAUUUGGACAGAUAUCAGGUGAUAGUGAAAGUGGCGUAUGGAAUACUCAUGAAAUGAUUUCAUUGAUGAUCUGUGUGGGAUGUGGUGAGAUGGGUAUGUUGCCCGAAGAUGGUGAACAAAUUAACUGGAUACCAGUAAAUUACGGAGCGGCCUGUCUUGUUGACAUUGCUAUCAAUUCGAGUGCACGAGCAACCCCUCCUUCCGACCGUGUACACCACAUUCAGAAUCCACAUGUUAUCACUUGGUCACAAUUGAUCAAAUAUUUGAAAUCAUCUGGUCUUCAAUUCAAAGUAGUGCCUACCGAAGAAUGGAUUCAUCAACUCCUUGGCAAUCCUAAGAAUCCAGCUUAUGCACUUGCUGCCUUCUUCGAGAAGACUUUUGCUAAUGGAAAAAUAUGUCACAUUGGUCAGUUCAGCUUGGAAAAGACAAUUCGGCGUACAGCAAUACUUCAGAAUUGUCCACCAAUCGACCAACAACUUAUACAACGUUAUAUCAAAUAUUGGAUAGAAGUUGGUUCAUUAAAAGCAACUAAUUCUUAA